UAUACUAUCUGUUUCUUCAAGAGUGAAUUUCGCCAUGGCUUUAACUGGUAAGCUUGAAGCUGUUGUUGAGAUCCAGUCAACUUCUGACAAGUUCUUCAGCGUCCUCAGCACCGAAAAUCACCAAGUUCCCGAUGCCUCCUUGGAUAAGGUGCACGGAGUUGAAGUACAUGAAGGUGACUGGAAAACUACGGGCUCUGUCAAGCUUUGGAAGUAUGUUGUUGAGGGAGAAGUUGAGGUUAUGAAGGAGAAGGUCGAAGUAGACGACGAAAACAAGUUGGUGAUUCUCACUGCUCUGGAAGGACAUUGCCUUAAUCUUUACAAAAGCUAUAAGAUUAUCUUUCAGGUUACCCCAAUGACUGAGGGAGGGUCCGUGAAAAUUACUGUGGAAUAUGAAAAACUCAGCGAGAAUAUCCCUCCUCCCAAUAAGUACCUUGAUCUUAUUGUUAAUCUCGUCAAGGAUUUGGAUGCCCACAUUCUCAAGGCAUAAAGGCCUAGGGUUUGAAGUAAAGCUAGAAAGAUGAUUAGAGUCUUCCUUAUUUCUUCUAAAAUGUGACUUGGCUUUUAAAAUUACUGUUAAAUUUGAGAUAAUUAUUAUUGGAUUUUGAUCUAUUAGUGAUUUUAUAAGUCACGUUACAUUUAGGAGGACACAAUUAAUACUCUAGUCCUCUUUCUAAUAUUACUUAUGUGGGCGGCAAUGAUGAAUGCUGGCAAGUAUCUUUAAUGGCUUGGGUCUAGCUUGUACGA